UAAUUAUUUUUGACUGGGCAACCGUACGAGAAUUAAAUUACCAAAUCCACCAUCUCUCUGGCGCCCAAUUCGCCUCCUCUAUCGUCUCCUCCGAUUCUCUCCUUCUCAUUCUUAAAAAUUUCUUUUAUUAUACUGCUUGUCGAUCGAUCUGUCCCUCACAUUGAUGAACCAAUCGUCAUAAUCAGUGGAGAUUUGCAUCUGAUUGGUUCUUUCAUUAUUUCUUGGAGUUCAUCUGAGUUUUUUAAUAGUCGUUGCUGAUAAUUUCCGAGAGAGAAUCUUAUUUUUAACGAAAAGACAGCCUCAUAGGUUUUUAUAGCAAAUAAGCUAAUGGAAGAAGAAGAAAAAAAAAGAAAGAAGGGAGAAGAAAUUUCUAGGCAGGCCUCAGAUGACCUCAAAGGCGUUAAUGUUGUAGAAGGUCAAGUAGAAACAUCUAGUCGAGAUAAUACUAAUGUCACCGGUGGUGAAACAAAAAUGGUAAGUGAUAAUGUACUUUUGCAAGGUGCUGAUCCUGUGACUACAUUUGAUGAAGACCAGUUUGAGCAAGUUUCUUUGAAAGAUCAAGAUAAUGGGAGAAUGCUGUCCUCUGGGACUGAAGAAGCUUCUCAAAAUUUGUCCUCAACAUAUGGGGGUGAGUAUGAUUCAUCCCCUGUUGUUGGAACUUGGCAUGAUCGUACAAUUUCGAGUCCUGGACAGAGAGAACCAGGUUGUGCUAUUAAGCAGUCAAACUCAUCAACAAGUCUUGAUUCUUUCUAUGGGGAUGCUGGAUGCUCUCCCAUUGGUUCCCCACCAAAACCAAAGCCUAAAGCUGUGAUGCCAAAUGUUUCGCCAGAGUUACUGCAUUUAGUUGAUUCUGCUAUUAUGGGGAAGCCUGAAAGUUUAGACAAGCUUAAGAAUAUUGUGAGUGGUGUUGAGAGUUUUGGAACUGGGGAGGAAGCUGAGAGCAUUGCUUAUUUGGUUGUUGAUUCUCUUCUUGCCACAAUGGGGGGUGUAGAAAGUUUUGAAGAGGAUGGGGAUCACAAUCCUCCCAGUGUGAUGUUAAACUCUCGGGCUGCCAUUGUGGCAGGUGAUCUUAUUUCUUCGCUUCCUUGGGAUGGUGAUAGUGUAGUAUUUAUGUCCCCGAGGACGAGAAUGGUUAGGGGUUUGCUUGCCAUAUUGCGAGCUUGCACAAGGAACAGGGCAAUGUGCUCUAUGGCUGGCUUGUUAGGAGUUCUUUUGAAGUCAGCAGAGAAGAUUUUUACUCGGGAUGUUGAUUCAACUGAGCAGCCAAGAUGGGACGGAACUCCUUUAUGCUACUGCAUCCAGUAUCUUGCUGGACAUUCACUUACUGUGAUUGAUUUGCAUGUAUGGUUUCAGGUCAUUACAAGAACACUUACUACCAAAUGGGCUACUUGCCUUAUGCUCUCAUUAGAGAAGGCAAUUGCUGGAAAGGAGUCAAGGGGACCAGCGUGCACUUUUGAGUUUGAUGGUGAGAGCUCAGGCUUGCUUGGCCCAGGGGAGAGUCGUUGGCCAUUUGGCAAUGGCUAUGCAUUUGCAACAUGGAUCUACAUUGAAUCAUUUGCGGACACAUUAAAUGCAGCAACUGCUGCUGCUGCAAUUGCUGCUGCUGCUGCUGCUAAAUCUGGAAAAUCCUCAGCCAUGUCAGCUGCAGCAGCUGCCAGUGCCCUUGCUGGUGAAGGCACAACACACAUGCCACGCUUGUUUAGUUUCUUAUCUGCUGAUAAUCAGGGCGUAGAGGCUUAUUUUCAUGCUCAGUUUUUGGUUGUUGAAAGUGGUAGUGGAAAGGGUAAGAAAGCUUCUUUGCAUUUUACUCAUGCAUUCAAGCCGCAAUGCUGGUACUUUAUUGGUCUUGAGCAUACCUGCAAGCAGGGACUUCUUGGGAAAGCUGAGAGUGAGCUGAGAUUGUAUAUUGAUGGAUCCUUGUAUGAAAGUCGUCCUUUUGAGUUCCCUCGUAUUUCCAAGCCACUUGCAUUUUGCUGCAUUGGGACAAAUCCUCCUCCUACAAUGGCUGGUUUACAACGUCGGCGCCGUCAAUGCCCCUUAUUUGCAGAGAUGGGUCCUAUUUAUAUUUUUAAGGAGCCAAUUGGCCCUGAAAGGAUGGCAUGUUUGGCUUCUAGAGGAGGGGAUGUGCUGCCUUCUUUUGGACAUGGGGCUGGCCUUCCUUGCCUUGCUAAUUUUGAUCAUGUACAAAGAAUAAAUUGGGAAAGUUCCCUUCUAGAUGCAGAAAUUGGAGGACAUAUUCACCUACUCUAUCACCCUUUACUGCUAAGUGGACGAUUUUGUCCUGAUGCUUCUCCUUCUGGUGCUGCAGGCAUGCUCAGACGACCAGCUGAGGUUCUUGGGCAAGUCCAUGUUGCUACAAGAAUGCGACCUGUGGAGGCUUUGUGGGCGUUGGCUUAUGGAGGCCCCAUGUCUUUGCUUCCUUUUGCUGUUAGCAAUGUGCAUAAGGAUAGCUUGGAACCACAACCGGGGAGCAUUCCAAUAACUUUGGCAACUGCUUCUCUUGCUGCCCCAAUUUUCAGAAUUAUUUCAAUGGCUGUUCAACACCCUGGAAACAAUGAGGAGUUAAGUUGUACCAGAGGACCUGAGGUUUUGUCAAGAAUCUUAAACUAUUUAUUGAAAACUUUGUCUUUGCUUGAUGUUGGAAAUCAUAAUGGUAUAGGAGAUGAGGAACUUGUGGCAGCAGUUGUUUCUCUUUGUCAGUCUCAAAAGAAUAAUAAUACACUUAAAGUGAAGCUUUUUAGUACACUGCUACUUGAUCUUAAAAUUUGGAGCUUGUGCAGCUAUGGACUGCAAAAGAAACUCCUCUCAUCUCUUGCUGACAUGGUUUUCACUGAGUCUUCGGUAAUGCGAGAAGCCAAUGCCAUUCAAAUGCUUCUUGAUGGCUGCCGAAGGUGCUAUUGGACAGUUCGUGAAAAGGAUUCUUUGGACACCUUUUCUCUAGAUGAGGCUACUCGUCCCAUUGGUGAAGUGAAUGCAUUGGUUGAUGAACUAUUGGUGAUAAUUGAACUUCUGAUAGGGGCAACACCUCCUUCAUUAGCUGCUGAUGAUGUUUGUCGAUUGCUUGGAUUCUUGGUUGACUGUCCACAACCCAAUCAGGUUGCUAGGCUGUUGCAUCUGAUCUACAGGCUAGUGGUACAGCCAAAUACUGCUAGAGCUCAAAUGUUUGCUGAGGCAUUCAUAGAAUCUGGUGGGAUAGAAUCACUUCUUGUUCUGCUUCAGAAGGAAGCUAAAGCUGGUGAUGAUCCAGUGUCAGUAACAAAGAAUGAUAAAAACUUGUCAGUACAGGGAACUGAACGAGACUCUGACUGUGGGAAUUUGGAAAGAAGUAAGGAUGAUGAAGUAAGAUCUCCUGAAGAAAGUGGAUUACGAGAGGAAGAUUCUAAAUCUGAGCCCCUUAAUACUGGUACUGUUCCUGUUGCCAUUUCCACUGGCAUUAAAAUUGAAAGAAUGCCAUCUAUUUCUGAAAAUUCUUUCAUGAAGAAUUUGGGUGGUAUAAGUCUUUCGAUUACUGCUGACAAUGCAAGAAAUAAUUUCUACAAUGUUGACAAAAGUGAUGCCGUUGUUGUUGGAAUCAUAGAGCUUUUAGGUGCUUUAAUAUCAUGUGGGCAUCUGAGUUCUCAGGCUCCAUCAGAGAGAACAAGCAAUUUCGCUGGCAUUGGGCUACAUGAUCGAGGCGGUACCAUGUUUGAUGAUAAAGUCUCUCUUCUACUUUUUGCUUUGCAGAAGGCUUUUCAGGCAGCACCAAAUAGGCUUAUGACUGGCAAUGUAUAUACGGCUUUACUUGGUGCCUCGAUUAAUGCUUCCUCAACAGAGGAUGGGCUGAACUUUUAUGAUUCUGGUCACCGCUUUGAACAUUCACAACUUUUGUUGGUUCUUUUGUAUUCACUUCCAUAUGCAUCUAGGGCUUUGCAAAGUCGAGCACUACAGGAUCUUCUGUUUUUGGCUUGCAGUCAUCCAGAAAAUCGAAGUAGUCUGAUUAACAUGGAGGAAUGGCCUGAGUGGAUUCUGGAGAUUCAUAUCUCUAACUAUGAGAUGAGUGCAAGCAAACAGUCUGGUUCACCAAGCUUGGGAGAUAUAGAGGACCUAAUACACAACUUUCUCAGUAUCAUGAUGGAGCAUUCGAUGCGCCAGAAGGAUGGAUGGAAGGAUAUUGAAGCUACAAUUCAUUGUGCAGAAUGGCUUUCUAUUGUGGGUGGAUCUAGCACUGGAGACCAACGGACUAGACGUGAAGCAUCUUUACCAAUAUUUAAAAGAAGGCUCUUGGGAGGCUUGUUGGAUUUUUCUGCCAGAGAACUGCAGGUUCAGACUCAAGUUAUUGCAGCAGCUGCUGCUGGUGUUGCUGCAGAGGGGUUGUCACCAAAAGACGCGAGGGCUGAAGCACAGAAUGCCGCGCAGCUUUCUGUAGCUUUGGUAGAGAAUGCAAUUGUGAUUCUAAUGCUUGUUGAAGAUCAUUUACGGUUACAAAGUAAGCUGUCUUGUGCAUCUUGCAAAAAGGAUGCUUCUCCGUCUCCCCUUUCUGUUGUAGCGCCCUCAAAUAACAGCUCAAGUUUGUCAACAUCAAUUGCUGGAGAAUCGUUAGAAUCUUUGGAUGAUCGAAGAUCAUCCUCUAGUGAAUCUGGUGGACUCCCACUUGAUGUCCUUGCUUCAAUGGCAGAUGCAAAUGGGCAAGUAUCAGCUGCAGUGAUGGAACGGCUUACUGCAGCAGCAGCAGCUGAGCCUUAUAAUUCUGUUUCCUGUGCUUUUGUGUCAUAUGGGAGCUGUGCUAUGGACUUAGCUGACAGUUGGAAAUAUAGAAGCCGACUUUGGUAUGGUGUUGGUCUUCCAGCAAACUUAUCUGAGUUUGGUGGUGGUGGCAGUGGCUGGGAAUCCUGGAAGUCUGCUUUGGAAAAAGAUGCAAAUGGAAGCUGGAUUGAGCUUCCUUUAGUGAAGAAGUCAGUAUCUAUGCUCCAAGCUCUACUUUUAGACGAGACUGGACUUGGUGGUGGCCUUGGUAUCGGUGGAGGUUCAGGUACUGGGAUGGGAGGAAUGGCAGCACUUUACCAGUUAUUGGACAGUGACCAACCUUUUUUAUGCAUGCUUCGGAUGGUGCUUCUUUCAAUGAGAGAAGAGGAUAAUGGUGAAGACAGUAUGCUGAUGAGGAACCUUAAGAUAGAGGAUGAAGCGUCUGAAGGAUUACAUCGGCAAAUGGGCAACAUUGUGUCCUUAGAGAAUAGUGCUCUAAUGUCAGCAGGAAAACCGCGAUCUGCAUUGUUGUGGAGUGUGCUGUCACCUGUUCUAAAUAUGCCAAUUUCUGAUUCCAAGAGACAAAGAGUGUUGGUUGCUUCUUGUGUACUCUAUUCUGAGGUAUUUCUUGCUGUCAGCAGGGACAGAAAGCCACUUCGUAAACAGUAUCUUGAGGCUAUUUUACCACCAUUUGUUGCUAUUUUGAGAAGGUGGAGACCACUUUUAGCUAAAAUUCAUGAACUUGCUACUGCAGAGGGUUUGAAUCCUCUUAUUCAUGAAGAUCGUGCUUUAGCUGCUGAUGCACUGCCUUUGGAGGCUGCUCUUGCUAUGAUCUCUCCACCUUGGGCUGCUGCUUUUGCGUCACCACCUGCAGCGAUGGCAUUGGCAAUGAUUGCCGCUGGUGCUGCCGGUGGGGACACCCCAGCUUCUGUGGCAGCAACCACACAUCUUAAGCGUGACACCUCAUUGCUCGAGCGAAAGACAAACAAGUUAAAACCUUUUUCAAGCUUUCAAAAACCGUUGGAGUCGCCUGACAAAGUACCAUCUCUGCCAAAGGACAGGGCUGCUGCAAAAGCUGCUGCAUUGGCUGCUGCACGUGAUCUUGAACGUAAUGCAAAAAUUGGAUCUGGAAGAGGUCUCAGUGCCGUUGCAAUGGCUACAUCUGCCCAGCGGAGGAAUGCUAGUGAUACAGAGCGUGUAAAAAGAUGGACUAUUUCUGAAGCCAUGGGAGUUGCCUGGAUGGAAUGCCUACAACCUGUUGAUACCAAAUCUGUCUAUGGGAAAGAUUUCAAUGCUCUGUCCUAUAAAUUUAUUGCUGUCUUAGUUGCAAGUUUUGCUUUAGCAAGAAAUAUGCAAAGAUCAGAGAUUGACAGGCGAAGUCAAGUUGAUUUAAUAGCACGGCAUCGUUUAUGCACUGGAAUUCAUGCAUGGCGCAAACUCAUUCAUUCCUUGAUUGAGAUGAAGUGUCUAUUUGGGCCAUUUGGGGAUCAUUUAAGCAACCCGUCACGUGUUUUCUGGAAGCUAGAUUUUAUGGAAAGUUCCUCUAGAAUGAGGCAAUGUCUGCGGCGGAAUUACAUAGGGUCUGAUCAUUUAGGUGCUGCUGCAAAUUAUGAGGAUCAACCUGAGUUGAAACAGGAUCAAAAGAAUGUGAUAAAUUCAUCAACAGCUCCUAUUCUUGCAGCAGAGGUAAUCUCAAUGGAUGUUGUGAAUGAAGAUGAUGAACAGGCAGAAAUUGAUAACUUAGAUGAUAAGUCCUAUGACUUAGAACAUAGUGGGGAGAAUCCAUCGAGAGCAUUUGAAACAGCUGAGCAAACCCUGAAGACAUCAGCAGAGUCUAGCAAUACUGAACCUGCUAGUGAUCCAACUUUGGUUUCAAGUUCAUCACCAGUCGCACCUGGAUAUGUUCCCGGUGAUCUUGACGAAAGAAUUGUUAUUGAGCUUUCUUCAUCUAUGGUUCGACCACUGAGGGUUAUACGAGGAACCUUUCAGGUAACAACUAGGAGAAUAAAUUUCAUAGUUGAUAACACUGAAAGCUUUGAGGAAGGAACAUCUGAUUUGAGACAACAAGAGAAGGAUCGCAGCUGGCCGAUGUCUUCCCUCCAUCAAAUUUAUAGCCGAAGAUAUCUCUUAAGAAGGAGUGCUCUGGAACUGUUCAUGCUUGAUCGAUCGAACUACUUCUUUGAUUUUGGGAGUUCUGAGGGGCGAAGAAAUGCAUAUCGGGCAAUUGUUCAAGCUCUCCCUCCUCAUUUGAACAAUAUUUAUCUUGCAACCCAGAGACCUGAGCAACUUUUGAAGAGGACUCAGCUUAUGGAGCGUUGGGCAAGGUGGGAGAUCAGCAAUUUUGAAUAUCUAAUGCAGCUGAAUACACUGGCUGGGCGUAGUUUUAAUGACAUUACUCAGUAUCCUGUUUUCCCCUGGAUCCUCUCUGAUUAUAGUUCAAAGAGUUUGGAUCUUGCCAAUCCUUCUUGUUACAGAGAUCUUUCAAAGCCUGUUGGAGCAUUAAACCCUGACCGGCUUAAAAAAUUCCAAGAGAGGUAUUCUAGCUUUGAUGAUCCCAUCAUCCCUAAAUUCCAUUAUGGGUCACAUUACUCAAGUGCAGGAACAGUUUUGUAUUAUCUUGUUAGAGUUGAGCCAUUUACAACCCUUUCAAUUCAACUGCAAGGUGGAAAAUUUGAUCAUGCAGACAGGAUGUUUUCAGAUAUUUCUGCUACUUGGAAUGGUGUUCUUGAGGAUAUGAGCGAUGUGAAGGAAUUGGUUCCUGAGCUGUUUUACCUCCCUGAGAUUUUGACCAAUGAAAAUUCAAUCGACUUUGGUACAACACAAUUAGGGGAAAGACUUGAUUCUGUCAGACUUCCUCCUUGGGCCAAAACCCCAAUAGAUUUCAUACAUAAGCAUCGGAUGGCUCUAGAGAGCGAGUAUGUAUCUGCACAUUUGCAUGAAUGGGUUGAUCUUAUAUUUGGGUAUAAGCAACGAGGAAAAGAGGCUAUAUCAUCAAAUAAUGUUUUCUUUUACAUUACUUAUGAAGGAGCAGUUGAUAUUGACAAAAUUAUGGAUCCUGUACAACAGCGUUCUACACAAGAUCAGAUAGCUUAUUUUGGACAAACCCCUUCCCAACUUCUGAAAGUCCCUCACUUGAAGAAGAUGCCUUUAUCAGAUGUUCUUCAUUUGCAGACCAUCUUUCGGAAUCCGAAAGCAGUGAAGCCAUAUGCAGUUCCAGCCCCAGAGCGCUGCAAUCUGCCUGCGGCUGCCAUCCAUGCAUCCUCAGAUGCUGUGGUGAUUGUUGAUAUGAAUGCUCCGGCAGCCCAUGUUGCACAUCACAUCUGGCAGCCUAACACCCCGGAUGGCCAGGGUACACCAUUCCUCUUUCAACAUGGAAAGGCUACAGCAAGCCCUACUGGUGGAACAUUCUUGCGCAUGUUCAAAGGACCAGCUGGUUCUGGUGCUGAUGAGUGGCAUUUCCCCCAGGCACUAGCAUUUGCAUCAUCUGGAAUAAGAAACUCAGCUGUAGUUUCCAUCACACAUGAUAAAGAAAUUAUAACUGGCGGCCAUGUGGAUGGCAGUAUCAAGCUUCUAUCAUCAGAUGGGGCAAAAACAUUAGAAACAGCUACUGGGCACUGUGCACCAGUCACUUGUGUUGCUCUUUCACCUGAUAGCAGCUACCUUGUGACAGGAUCCCGGGACACUACAGUGUUACUUUGGAGAAUACAUAAAGCUUUUGCAGCUCGAACUAGCGGCAUAGCAGAGCCUUCCAGCGUUGCUGGCACACCACCAACCUUAACGAACAGCAACACUCUGGCAAACGUAUUGGCAGAUAAAAGCUGGAGGCAUCGUAUAGAAGGUCCCUUGCAUGUUCUUCGGGGUCACCGCAGGGAAAUACUGUCUUGUUGUGUCAGUUCAGAUCUAGGAAUUGUUGUUUCCUCUUCUGAAUCGUCUGAUGUUUUGCUGCAUUCUGUAAGAAGGGGUCGCUUGAUCAGACGGUUGGUUGGUGUUGAGGCACAUGCUUUGUGUCUUUCAUCUGAGGGGGUUGUAAUGACCUGGAACAAAUUGCAGCACACUCUCAGUACCUAUACCCUGAAUGGUGUUCUAAUUGCCAGAGCAGAAUUUCUUCUCACUGGAAGUAUUGGUUGCAUGGAAAUUUCCAUGGAUGGGCAGAAUGCGUUGAUUGGAGUGAACUCCUUUUCUGCAUGCGACAAGGCGAAUAACAGCCAGUUUUUGAAUUUAAAGCAAACAGAAGAUUCUGAUCUUGAAUCAGAGGAGACUCAGGAUAGCAACAAAUUGGAUAUUCCAUUACCUUCCAUUUGCUUCCUUGAUCUACAUACUCUGAAGGUAUAUCACGUAUUGAAGCUGGGGCAAGGUCAGGAUAUUACAGCUUUUGCUUUGAACAAAGAUAACACAAAUCUUCUGGUGGCAACUGCAGAUAAACAGUUGAUAAUAUUCACAGAUCCAGCUUUGAGCUUGAAGGUGGUGGAUCAAAUGCUCAAGCUUGGUUGGGAAGGCGACGGGCUCAGCCCCCUUAUAAAAUCAUAGUUUUAGGUCAUUGAAUUUCACUAGGUUUUUGAAAGAUGAUUACAGGAGAUACCAAAUAGUAGAUACGAUUAGAACCAAGUACAUGAAGGGCAUGCUGGUGUCCCAGUUUGGACAUCAGUUCAGAUUACUCGGGUUACAGUUUGCAGCUGUCCUUGAGGGUGUAACAUAUGUAUACGAUGAGCAACCUAUGCAUAUUAUUUUGCAUCAUUGAGUGGCAGGCUACCGUAUUCAUCUUGUGGUUGUUCAAUAAAUUUUUAUGGAGUCUGUCUCCAAGUCAGUUUUGUCUAUUAAUUUUUUGACAGAUUAGUAAAUGGAAUAUACAACAGCCAAUUCAUUCCUGUAUCUUUUUUGUAUAUUUUUGUACAUGACUUGAGUGAGCCUAUCAACUUCUCUUUUUAUGCUAUUUAAUGUGGAUUUUGUUGGUUGUUGAGGAUUCCUUUAUCAGAUGUAUUUUAGCAUUUUCUCACGUGUGAAUUGAACCAGAAAAUCAGCUUUUAAGUCAA